ACUUCAACGUCGCAGGAAGAGAUGCCGUGGGUUAACAUACCCACGUCGCCAAGUCUCUUGCGGUUGCGUGACUGUUGUUUGUCUCAGUAUUUGUAUGCGGUUUUUAAUUGGCUUGCAUGUAUACACAGAUCCCAAUUGCAUUUUAUUAAAAAUAAAAUACGUGUCACGGGACCUUGUGGCGGUCAACGCAGCGAGCCCUCAUUUCGAGUAAACCGAGUUGUUGGCACGGACGACGAUGGCACCGUCGGCGUCGGUCCCGCUGGCCGUCUGCGUCAUGGAGGGCGACGCGAUCCUGCAGCGCUCGUUGACGCACGCGCUUCCGUCGACGACCUUUGUGGACAUCCUCAAGGCCUUUGCCGCCGGCCAGUAUGCGCAGCGCGUGAGCGGCGCGGUCGUCCGCGUCGGCGACGCCGCUUCCAAGAUCCUCAACCACGCCGCCGACAUGGACGAGGUCGACAUGUUCAUGACGUACGAGGACGCGCUCCAUGUGCUCGGCGAGAUCAAGAAGGUCGUGUUCCUCCUUGCGCCGCCCAGCGCGAUGCACUUUCUCUCGCCGCCGCUCUACGCCACGCCGUCGCCCGCGCCGUACACCCUCACGACCAAGAAGCGCCGGCUCCAGAACCGAACCGCAACCUCGCUCGAGAGCCAGCACAACAUGGUAGCGAUCGCCAACAUCUUGCACCAGGCGCAGCCGGCCCACGUCAAGUACCUCGUGCUGCCGUCGCGCUACAAGGUACCGGCGACCGACCCGUUCCCGCUGCCAUUGCGCGGCACGACGAUCGACGUCAUGGUGUUUCGCCAAGCGUACAAGGUGCGCAUCCUCGAGCCCGAUAUUGUCGCGGCCCUCGAUGCGCUUCACUUUGUCUGGGACGUGCAAGAGCACAAGCGCGACAUGAACCUUCUCGCACUGCGCACGUACAAGCAGAUCUGCGGCGACCUUCUCGUGCCCGAGCGCUUCCAUGUGCCCGAAGACGACGCGUGGCCGUCCGAGGUGUGGAACCUCCAUCUUGGCCGCGUCGUGCGCAAGAUCCGCAGCUACGGCCCCGACGGCCCGGUGCAGCGCAAGGACGAGCUGCUUGCGAUGGGCUUUGUGUGGGAGCACGCCGACUUCCAGUGGAACAUUCACUUGCACGCGCUGCAGAUCUACCGCCGCCUCCACGGCCACAUCAAGGUGCCGCAGUUCUUCAAAGUGCCCAACGAAGAGAACGCGACCGUGGCCACCUGGCCGCGCGACAUGUGGGGGCUCCAGCUCGGCCGCAUCGUCAACAGGCUGCGGCUGACGAUGGACACGAUGCCGACGUCGCACAAGCACGCGCUCGACGACCUCGGGAUGGUGUGGGUCGCCAGCAAAAAGUUUAGCUGGGAACACCGCCUUUUGGGCUUGACGACGUUCAAGCGCCUGUAUGGCCACCUCAAAGUACCCAAGUCCUUUCAAGUCCCCGAGCGCGACCCGCAGUGGCCAACGCACAUUUGGAAGAUGCAGCUCGGGUGGGUCGUCAAGGACCUUCGCAACAAGGAGGAUACGAUGCCCCACGACCGCAAAUUGCAGCUCUUGCAGCUCGACUUUGUGUGGAAGAAGACGCCCGAGCUCGACCUUCUGGCACGGAACACGCCCGACCUGCUCGCCAACCUCCAGGACAGCACGUCGCACGUGGUCGAAAUCAUCUAAAUACCCUACCCCUCGGCGUUGAAUGUGUCUACGAGUACUGCUACUUAUAUCCAAUGCAGUAUGUAGUACCCACUGCCCAACGACUUGGCGAUGAGGAGCAGACACACAGCGCACUCUGCAGUGGCAGACCUAUACACGCGGACCGUUGUGCGGCCACGAACCCGCGCCAGUGCAU